GGCCAGUCCGGACGAAGAUGGCCCGUUGGCAGAGCUGAUGCGGAUAAGCCGCGGUCUCAGCCGAGCCCUGCCGCCCGACACGCUCCAAUUCCGUGAGUCGGCCUACCUUCGUGAAGGCGUCCGCAGACUGGAGCCGCUGCUUUUGGAGCUCCGGCUGCAAGAACCUCCGUGGCUCCAGCAGACACUGCUGGUGGCUGGCGAUUCAGAUGCUGUGCUGCCAUCUAUGGCCGAGACGGAGAGGUUGCUCAAGUUGAUGCCAGGUGCCCAGCGUAAGGUCAUCCCUGGUGGGGCGCAUGCGUGCUUCGAUGAUGUGACCAGCGUGAAUCUGCUGUCGCUGUUGACAGAUGCUGGCAUCGUCCAAUCUUUGACAGAGGCUGCCCCCGAGGAGAUGAGUCUCGUGCCAGAAAGCUGGUUGGAUGCCUCACUUAUGCAGGCGAGGACAUGGGUGUCUCCUGUGUUCCUAUCCGUGCUCCCUGGGGGCCAGAUUGUUCGAGGGCUCCCGCAACUGGCGCCAGCGGCCCUGCAAGAAAACCCGAUCCUUUUCGUCGGGAAUCACCAGCUGUUCAGCCUAGAUGGUAUCUUCCUUGUCGACGAGUUCCUCCGAGAGCAGCGGCGGCUUGUCACCGCUAUGGUGUACCCGCCUCUGCUGAAUGAAGUUUCUCCACUCGCUCCGCUCCCCUAUCCCUUCCCGGGCUCGCGGCAGCUGUUCGAGAAGUUCAAGGUAAUGCCCACGAGCGCCCGAAACUUGCUUCGUGCGCUGCGGCCCAACCGAACAGGUGCUGGGGCGGCCUUGCUGUUCCCCGGGGGAAAGGGAGAAGAGUAUCAGCUCUUUUGGCCGCCCCAGCCCGAGUUCAUCCGCAUCGCCGCCAAAGCGACGAACGCUACGAUCAUACCCUUCAGCGGCAUUGGAAGUGAUGAGCUUCUUGGCAUCUCACCGAGGUUCUUUGCCGGGACGGUGCUGGAUUCGAGCGAGCUGUUGAACAUGCCUGUGGUCGGUGACCGGGCGGACAGCCAGGGCUUCGAUCAUUCGUAG